UGUCUGAACUGGACAUUCUCUUGGGCCCAAUAAUUUUCGUUCUCAUGUCGAGCUCUAGCUGUAUAUCAUGACCUUGGAAUGUUGCAACUAAACAUUAACAAUUAAUUAGCAGGUCCUUUUGUCUUGGUGCUCCUGAUUGGCGUUCCCUGAUAGGCCAAGCUAAUCAAGCCAAUUUAGCAUAAAGCCAACCACCAAAUUAUAAUACUCCCAUUCGCCAACCAUCACUUGGGCUUCAGAGAUAAAAGAAACAGCCGUAGACAUACUCCCUCUAGCCUGUAGGGAUUUCGAGAGGUAGGUAAGAAGUUGCAACCUCCAUUGGCAAUUCCACAAAUACAGCAAACAAUUCAGGCACAGACUGAGAGCCAUCCAUAAGUUCGUAUACACAAACAAACACAGCCAUGGUAGAGGACUUCACAUUCCCUACCAUGACACCCGUGCAGUGCGGCGCAAAGAAGCUACCUUUCCCUCACUUCACUUCGCCGCCGCCAUGGUUCAUCAUCCCGGACGACGCCGGAGCGCACGACCAUCACCGGCGGUGCUUCUCGGCCGCCGAGGAUGCAGGGAAAGCCAACAAUGACAUCUACCCGGGGCCGCGGGGGCGCUCCGAGAGGUUCGCCGUCAUAGACGAGCACAAGAUGGACAUGCUGUGGGAGGACUUCAACGAGGAGCUGGCCCGGGCGCCGCAGCCGUGCCCACUGAGCAUGGAGUGGUCGAGCGAGGCGUGGUUCACCGGCGAAGGUGACGGAAUACCAUCCCGGCAUGUGGUGGUCGCCUCCGGCACCGGCAGCAGCGUGGUCCGGCGCAGGAGGCUGAGCCUGAUGAUGAUGCUCAAGCUGCUCAAGAAGCUCUUCUUGGCUCGCAAGUCCAGCACCAUCUCAAGAAAGACGCCACCAAACUGACAGCAGUUUGGAUGCGAGAAUUAUAUAGAGUGCAUGCAUAAAUCAAUCUCAGGUGUAUAUAUAGCAUCGCAUUGUCGAUCUAUAAAUACAUCUUCUCACUUGACUUGUUUUCUCACUUGUGCUGCUCAAUUCUGGCUAUGUGUUCUGUUUGAAAUUUCAGAUUGGAAAAAAUUUCAGACUGUGGAA